AUUCCAUUAUCAGGUGUAUUGGCCUAAACCUAGCUGCCAAAGGUCUUCACGACUGCGGUAGCUCCGACAAGAAGACACUUCGACCUAGGACAGGGGAGAGGAGAUUUCUGCAUUGUUUCGAAAUCCGGCCACUGCUCUGUUGGCAGAGAUUCAAUUGGCACGAUGGGGCGACACUUUAGGCCCGCCCGGGUCUACCAGACCGCGAAGAAGAGCCUCGCAAGCAGAAUCCUGCAAGACGAGGUCAGGACGCCGCCCGCGUGGCUGCAAACCGUCGAGACCAUACCGCCGACAGAAGUCCUCACGAGGCCGUACGCGAUCCAGCACACGGCACCAAACCCCAGGGCGAAGAAGCCGCGCAAGCUGUUCAGGCCAACCCGCAUCGUGUACCCCGAGGACCAGCUGCGGAAGGACUUCUACAGGGACCAUCCGUGGGAGCUCGCCAGGCCCAGGAUCAUACUGGAGAUGGAUGGCAUGGAUGGGCGGUACAGGGACUGGAGCAAGGGCCUGCGACAGCUGGGCAUGCCGCUAUGUGGCGAGAGUGUCGUGCAACGGCAGCUUUGGGUCAUGGAGAACGAAGGGAAGUCCAAGGAGCAAGCAUAUGACGAGGUACGACGCGAAUUCUACAAACUACGGCAAGAAGAAGAAGUGGAGCGGAGGAUAGCACAGGAGGAGGCUCGUAUGGUGGGGGCAUACUUCGGAAAGACGGCCUUGCAGGUCGGCAUGGAGCUUGAGGACAAGGAGUUCGAGCGAUGGAAGAAGUGGGCUCACGAAGAAACCAUGAGGAUCGAGUCGGAGCGCAGUCAGGCAUACACCUCAUUCGGGGAUGAGCCUGCUGAAGCUGAUCCAAUCUUGGAUGAGGUCACGCAGGCAGCAGUACCAUAGAGGCGGAGAGAGGGAGGGAGGGAGAGGGGGGGAAAGGAGAGCUGUGUAUCACUAUCCGCGCCCUGCUAACGGCACGGGCU